ACAUUCAGUCGACGAGAGGCGCGGGCGUCGAAAGUCUUGCCGGCCUCCAUAUAAAACCGUUUCAAAUAAAUAGUGAAAUAGUGUGUUUUGUGUGACAAUGAAUGAAGAGAACGCAGUGUCGGAUGAUUUGAAACGGCAGGCGGCUAUGUUUUAUAAUUCGACGGAGAGAGAGAGGAUCAAGGAACACAGCGAGCAAAGCACAUCAUGGCGAUUCUGGAGGAAGAGGCGUCUGGUGGUCUCCCUGCUGGCGUUCUUCGGUUUCUUCAACGUGUACGCGCUGAGGGUGAACCUGUCCGUCGCGGUGGUGGCUAUGACGGAACCCAUGGAGACCGAGCUGGAGAAUGGGACUAUUGUUUAUUUGCCAGAAUUCGACUGGAGUUCUCAAACAAAGGGCUUGGUGCUUAGCUCGUUCUUCUAUGGCUACAUCAUCACACAGCUCCCUGGUGGAUGGUUGGCGGCUAAAAUAGGAGGUAACAGAAUGUUCGCGAUCGGCGUGGGUAUGACGUCACUACUGACACUCUUCACCCCGCCGCUGGCGCACACUAGCACAGCUCUGCUUAUUGCUGUGAGAGUUAUUGAAGGACUGUUUGAGGGUGUAACAUACCCGUGUAUACACGCGGUGUGGUCAUGCUGGGCGCCGAGCGGCGAGCGAGCGCGGCUGGCCACGUUCGCCUUCAGCGGCAGCUACGUGGGGACGGUGGUGGCGAUGCCCGUGUGCUCGCUGCUGGCGCACUACACCGGCUGGCCGGGGAUUUUUUAUGUUUUCGGAAUAAUGGGCUUGGUUUGGACGACAAUAUGGUGGAUCGUAGUCAAAGAGUCACCAGAGAAGGAUCCACAUAUAACAGCUGCUGAGUUAAAAUAUAUACAGGAAACCCGCGGUACGACGAUAUCGGGGUCGCAGGUUCGACACCCGUGGCGGGAGAUGCUCACUUCGGGUCCGGUAUGGGCCAUUGUAGCUGCACAUUUCAGUGAGAACUGGGGUUUCUACACUUUGCUCACCUUCUUGCCUACUUUUAUGCAAGACGUGUUCAAGUUCAAGACGUCGCAGACCGGGUGGGUGUCGGCGGUGCCGUACGUGGCGAUGGCGCUGGUGCUGCAGGCGGCCGGCCACGCGGCCGACUGGAUGCUGCGCGACGGCCUGCUCUCGCGGACCAACGUGCGGAAGCUGUUCAACUGCGGCGCCUUCCUCUCGCAGACGAUAUUCAUGGUAGCGGCCGCAUAUGCGGGUAGCGUGACUGGUUGCAUCGUGUGUCUAACUAUAGCCGUUGGUCUGGGAGGCUUUGCCUGGUCUGGAUUUAGCGUAAAUCAUCUAGACAUAGCGCCGCCUCACGCCAGCGUGUUGAUGGGACUGUCCAAUACUGUGGCGACUCUGCCCGGCAUUGUGAGCCCGCCGUUAGCUGGCUCUAUUGUUACUGAUAAGACGGCGGAACAAUGGCGUUACGUGUUCUUCAUAUCCAGUGCUAUAUACAUGCUCGGAGCGAUCGUUUACUUCAUAUUUUGUUCUGCGGAGAAGCAGCCCUGGGUUCUCGAAAUAGACAACGAUGCGAGUUUCGAUACGGACGCAGCAUCCGUGACUACGGCGAGAGGAUAUGAUAACAAGGCGCUGGACACACAUUCGGAAAUGUGAUAUAGUUGUAUAGAGUUUAAUAUAGUGUACACUCAGCUCGAUAAAUGGUUAUAUACGGUUUAAUAUGGUGUACACUUUGUGUGAAUAAUAUAAAUGGUUAAAUACAGAUUAUGGCAUACAUUACACUACUAGAAUUAAGCAUAAAACUUUGAUUCUCUAAAAGUUAGUUGGUGUUUUCUUUUUGUGGCAAUUUGCUUCAAUCAUUUAAAAAGAAACUAGAUGCACAAUAAAACACGUUUUAUUAUAGAAUCAAAUAUCUCACUUCACACAAUUAUUUUAACCGGAUGAUUCUAAUCAGACUAAUACAAUAAAUUCACGAAAUUAUUGUAUUGUCACCGAUCCUUGAUAAUUGCACAAAUUCUGAAAAAAAUCUAUCCGUUUAAGGUGUAUCAAAAUCGAGUCUAAAGGAGUCGGUUACAUACAAAUAUAGAGGUCAAUAAAAGCGUGUUUAAAACUUAAAACUGUUGUCCUAAAAUGUGAUUGUUAAAAUUUUUGACUAGAAACAAUCGCUUAAGUAAAAUCAAGUUUAUUAGUAUCAUUUUAAGUUGUAUUCAUAAACUAGCUAGCUCAAUAUACAUCAAAUUAAAUUCAACAUUAUUUGCAUGAUUAAAAGUCGAAUUUACUAUACACUGAUAGUCCUUUGGAUUUUUUGAUCCUGCUUGUGUAUCUAGUUCUUUUUAUGAUCGAAGGGUAAUUGUAACGUAAAUGUUAGUAUAACCCGACUGAAAAAAAGAGUAUUUAAUUAUUACAUAAAUGGUCAAAUACCAGUUAUCGAAUUUGACUGUGUUUUGUCAAAUCAUGUUGUUAUACCCAUUGCAUACAUACAGUCAACAAAAAUAUAAGCGUAGUCGGGUAAACUUUAUUUUCUCAAUGUC